UGCAUCCUACCGGAGCUCGUGCCUUAGCGGAGCCAGCAGCCGGUGUUGCCAGUGUCCAUAGUCCAGUGCCGGUUUCGCAGCCGACGGCUCAGCUGACCGGCGUGCCUACUGCGUACAAGCGCACGAGCGGCGGCGGGUGUCGUUCGUCUGUAGGCACGGGCGGAGGCCUGGGCGCAGUGACGGUCGCGAGCGCAGGCGCAGGCGCGGGCGCGGGCGCGUGCGCAGCGCGCAUGGCGAGCGCGGGCGCGCAGUUCCGCGGCGGCGCGCAGCAGUGGGCCACGGCGUACGCGCCGCAGCCCUGCCGCUACCCGCCGCCGCAACCUCAGCCUUACGCGGCAGCUCCCAGCCCCUAUACGCCGCAUCAGUAUACGAGCGGCGCGACGAUGGGCGGCGGCUGCGGGGCGACAGGAACACGAGUGCCGACAGCGGCGUCGCCGGCUAAUACUGCGUCAUCAUCGUCAUCGAACACGGGGUCAGCAGGAGGAACUCGCUCUACCAGCCUGAGUACAGCCCCCCCGCCCCCCGCUUCUUCAGCAUCGACUACGGGCGCCCUCGGCGAACAACUCUCGCGCACCAAUCUCUACAUUCGCGGCCUCAACCAAAACACCACUGAUAAGGACCUAGUCCAAAUGUGCCAGAUGUACGGCAACAUUAUUUCAACAAAAGCAAUACUGGAUAAAAAUACGAAUAAAUGUAAAGGUUACGGUUUUGUAGAUUUUGAGACGAUCGUGUCGGCGGAGGCAGCUGUUAAAGGAUUACAAGCGAAAGGUGUUCAGGCCCAGAUGGCUAAAGUGGGUAUCUGGUUCCUGCGUAGACUGAACCGUCAACAGGAACAGGAUCCGACCAACCUAUACAUGGCGAACCUGCCCCCGCACUUCAAGGAGAAUGACGUGGACCAGCUUUUGGCCAAGUUUGGCCAAGUAGUCUCCACGAGGAUCCUGCGGGACACCCAUGGACAUAGCAAAGGCGUCGGCUUCGCCAGAAUGGAAUCUAGAGAGAAGUGUGAGCAGAUCAUCCAGAUGUUCAAUGGGAACCCAAUCCCAGGCGCCAAGGAGCCUCUACUGGUGAAAUUCGCCGAUGGCGGUAACAAGAAGAAGGCGCUGUACAAACAAAACGACAACAACAGCAGAGCGUGGCGGGAUAAUACUGAAUCCAUUACGCAGGCCAUGGGUGUGGCCAGCGUGUACGCCGGAGUCGGUACCGGCGCGGGCGCCGGUGGAGAGUGCGCAGGGAUGUAUCGCGGUGGCGCGGGUGUAUACGGCAUGGCGGCCUUCCACCACCCGCAACUCCAUCACCACCAUCAUGCGGGCCACCCUGCAGCUUGGCUGGCGCCCUACGCCGCACUCAUCCCUCCUGCGCACCCCGCGCACCAUGCUACACACCCUGCGCAUCCAAUACCCAUCGACUCUGUGCCUAGCCAAUACUACUUCGCAUCGCACCCAUACCAGUACUUUGCGGGUCCCACGCCGCCCAUCAUCCAAAUGCCGAUGGAGAGCGAGCACGCGUCGACGGCGGCGUCCCCUGACGAAGCCUACCAGCCGUAUCCGCCUCCCAAGUAGACUAAGCCACGCUACAAUCCGUGCUGUACACGAGCCAAAAAUCAAAGUAACUGUGACUUUUACAUGUUAAUUUGUUUUAGUUUUAAUUUGCGGCCGUUAUAGACUUCAUCGAAAGCUCGGCGGGCGGCGCGCUCGUGUCGUCGGCACCUUCUAAUUGUUAAGGCUAAUUAAAUUAAUUAUUCUUUGUCGACGCGACUAUUUAUUUUUCGAGGGGUCGGUCUCGAAUCCUCUUGGCUUUACGCUGAAUGUUCGAUUCGCUGUGAUGUUUUGAUGAGGUCUUUUGACGGUUCGAGAAGAGGAUUUGAUGUAUAGAUAUAGCUGCAAUUUUAAAUGUGUUUUUACAUUAUAAUUUUAUUAUUGUUUUAUGAAAAAUUAAAUUUAAGAUUUUAGGCGCAGGUUUUGAACAUGUUGACAAGAUUAUUUAAGAUAGUUAGGUAUUUAUUUUAGCAUAGUAUAAUUUCAUGAACUAAAUUUUAAUUGUCCUUUGGACGAGAUUGAUGAUUUAUUUUUAUUUCAGUGUCAUAUUUAAAACUAAGGGAACUGAAAAAAAAUGAGAUCACAAAAUGAAACUUUGGUAUCGAACAAAAUCGUGCAAUCCAAACGAACAGUUUCAAUAUAGGCAUAGUAUUUUAAGUGUUGGCAGAGUAUGAUUCGUUGGUUUGGAGUUUAUAUUCCGGUGUCAUCGGGAGGAGGAAAGCAAUAUCUGAAGCGAUCGGAUAGGAGGAUAAGUGGAAGUGGUCAUAUCAUGUGGAAUCAAAAUUUAUACAAACUAAAUUGUAAAGAAUAAAGGAGUGACGUAUGUAAAGGUUAGAAAUUGGUGGUCACACCGAGUAGAAUCUUAUACUGUAAAAAAUCAUGAAGAUUUAGAAUCUUCCGUGAACUAAGUAUUUAUAAAAUACAAUAGAAAAGGUAACUCUAUAAGUCAAGUUGUGUUUAGACAGUAAAUUGAAAACGAGCAGCUUCAAAAAGCUGAAGUGUGAAAAAUUUCAUUGAAACAGUUGGCACUUGGAAUAAGUAUCUUUGGCAAACUUGUGAAGUAACGGUCGUGAAUACGUACGUGUUUAUUAUAUAUGCAAAUGUGUUUGGCAUGGUGCUUUAAUAUUUUAUUUUCAAAUGGUACUAUAACUAUGAACAUUACAGUAUUAUCUACAUAAAGAAACGCAUGGCUAAAUGGUGCAGUCUUCCAUGGAUCGCAAAUAGAUGUGUAAAAGCUUUACAAAAAAAAAGAUUACGACUAAAAAUGAUAACAUAUUCAAACCUCAUGUGCCUGAAUAUCUUGGCCGAGAAUUCAUAUAGUAAUAAUAGAUUAUAAAUUAAUGCUAAUGGUACAUUAGUGUACUUAUAAUAAGGUGUAAAUGUCCCAUGUUUAAUUUCAAUUCUCCCUCAUACAUGUACUUGCAAAUCAUCACAAUUAGUUUUAAUUAGUUCAUUUCUUUCGCCUGUACAUACAGAAUUAUUCGAUACUUUGAAACGUCGUUGCCAAACCUGAUUACAGACUGAAUUUACGUAUACUGUAAACUUCCAACAUUUGCUGAACCGCGUUUUGAUCCGCAAGAAACCCAGUUAGAGUAUGUGAGUGAGCCAGGGGGGCAGUGGUCAUCCGAAUCUCCCUCACCCGCAAUGGGUAGUUGACUUCCAUGGUAACGUCUGCGCUUAUAGGCACAACCGUGCAUUAAUACGGCAACAUUAGCAAUAAGCAGUUGUAUGUAAAGUCUAUUUAUACAUUUUACGAGUCUAUACAAAUUUUUGUACGUUAAAACUCAUGUUUGAAUACGUGAAUAACGAAGUGAUCCUUUUUUGAGAAUCAUGUACUGAAUGAACUGUAGUUGUUAUUUUGUAGGCGGUCGGCACAUUCCAUUAGAAAAACUUCAAACAAAAAUUCCACGAUUGAUUUCCACAUUAUAAAAAUGAAAAGGAUUUGAAAUCCAAAGUGUAACACCGUUUUGGUGUAAGUGAGCACUUUUUGUACCAUCACGUAGGUUUUGGGUACACUUUAUGACUUUAUAUGAAAUUUGAUAUUUUUAUAUUGAAUAUAUAUAAAUUAUACAUGGAUAUGUAUACAUGUAUAUACAUUGUUGAUGGGUACGAGUAAAAACCUACUAUAUCGCAACUGUUUAAUUCUAUUUUGGCACGACAAGAGUUUCAUCAGAACCAAAGUAUACAAAUCAUUAAAGUCGAGUAAGAAGUAGGAAAAUAUUUAUACAACUCAGGGACUGAAGACUAGUUAAAUGUUUGAUAUAUUAACUGUAUUUUAACUGACGUUUAAGCGAUAACCUCUUUAUUCAAAACCUGUGACCCGACUUGCAAUCAAUACAGGAACUGAGACUAGCUGACAACAGGUUUUGAAUGAACAAAGUAGAUUUUUCGAACGAGACUAUGUAGAUCUGUAUUUAUUGUUUGUUUCAUUCUCUUCUCAUGAGAAGGCUGAAAUUGUACUGUUGUUCUGUAAUUUAUUACUUUUGGGAUGUACAUAAUGUAAGCUCGUGAACUGUCACUACUAACUCAACUAACAACUCGGACUUGGAGCACAGCACUCAGUAGUUAUAGGUGUACCAGAAUCUGAUGGCACUUAGUCAAAUUUAAAUUUGUAGUGGGCAACAUCACUACAUUGAUGUUGCCCAGGAAAAAAUGUACUGGAUAUUUCAUAUAUUUUAAUUGACCAGAAUUGAUCUAUCCUCGUACAUGUUUUAAGAUCUGUAUGAAUUUGUGUUAGAAAACGUUAAGUAAUUUCUGACACAUUUUAAAAUUAAACAAAAAUAUAUCAAUUACAUUGUAGUAGAAAGAUUUAUUUACGUUUGUAGUUUGAAGUAACUUGCAUUUAUGCCAUUUUUUUAUCCAAUCAUUGUCUACACAAUGUAGUCUUGCCGACCAGCACUAGUACCAACGAAAAUUACGUACCACAUGCGUUGAUUUGGGUUCAUUAAAAUUUCAAAGAUCAAGUUUAUUGACUCCUACUACGAUUAGUAUCAAUCUUGCCGAUGCAAGAUUUGAGACCCGCUUCUAAAUCGUGAAUUGUGACUUAGAUGCACGUAAUUCUUCGCCGAUUUUGAGAUAAACUUUUACAAUGUUUUUUGCUUAAGAUUGAAGCGGAUUCUCAGUAAUAUUGCUGCAUAACCGUUAUUUUAAAAUG